UGCUAAGGGGAGGUGCCAGGACCAGACGUUCCUCUUUUCUCAGGAAACAAAACCAACAAAGUCCAGGCUCAGCCUGCAGAGAUAAAGACUAACAGCUCCCAGGAGCCAGCUCCACCAUCACUGGCUCUCCUGCCCACACCCAAGUGUCAUGGAGGAACUCAGAUAUAUCCAGGCCAGGAAUCUGGACAAAUUCAUUGAAGACUAUCUCCUGCCGGACACACCUUUCCGCCUGCAGGUCAAAAAAGCCAUCAACACCAUCUGCAGUUUCCUGAAGGAGAGGUGCUUCCAAUAUGCCUCCCACCCUGUGCGCGUGCCCAAGGUUGUGAAGGGCGGCUCCUCCGGAAAAGGCACAGCCCUUAAAGGCCGAUCUGACGCCGACCUCGUCGUCUUCCUCAGCAAUCUCACAAGUUUUCAGGACCAGUUAGAACAUCGGAAAGUAUUCAUUGAGGAAAUCAGAAAACAGUUGGAAGCCUGUAAAAGAGAGGAAAAGUUUGACGUGAAAUUUGAAGUCCGGAGUCCAUUGGAAAACCCCCGCGUGCUCAGCUUCACGCUGAUUGCCCCGGACUUGGACGAGCAAGUGGAUUUUGACAUCCUGCCUGCAUUUGACGCCCUGGGUCAGGUGACUAAAGGCUACAGACCUCACCCCCAAAUCUACGUCCAGCUCAUCUCCGAGUGCUCCCAGGGGGGCGAGUUCUCCACCUGCUUCACGGAGUUGCAGCGAGCCUUCCUAAAGCAGCGCCCCGCCAAGCUGAAGAGCCUCAUCCGCCUGGUCAAGCACUGGUACCAAGAGUGUAAGAAGCAGCUGAAUAAGUCACUGCCACCACAGUACGCCCUUGAGCUCCUGACUGUCUAUGCUUGGGAGCGUGGGAGCAACAAACCAGACUUCAACACAGCACAGGGGUUCCGGACCGUCUUGGAAUUAGUCCUGGACUACAAACAGCUUUGCAUCUACUGGACAAAGUAUUACGACUUUGAAAACCCCAUUAUUGGAGAGUAUCUGAACCGUCAGCUCCAGAAACGCAGGCCUGUGAUUCUGGACCCAGCUGACCCUACAGGAAAUUUGGGUGAACACCCAGAGAGAUGGCAGCGGCUGGCAGAGGAGGCUUUAGUCUGGCUGAGCUACCCGUGUUUUAAGAAUUGGGAUGGGUCUCCCGUGGGCUCCUGGAAUGUGCCGGUAAGACCUUCUGCCUCUUCCUGGCCAUCCAUUCCCCCCAGCUCCCGGCACACAGCUUGGGGCCUGGAGCUGGAGACCAUUCUUCCCGAAGAAAUUGUCUCCUAUUCCUAUAGUCGCAGGCUCUGCUCCCUAUUUUACAGUCAUUUGGGCCCCAGUCACAGGGUUCCUGGAAUUCUCACGUUCCUUGUCCAGAGUGCAUUCCUUAAUUAAUGCCACCUUGGCCUGAGGUAACUUUUCUGACAGCUUCGGUCGGCUCAUCCCACUGAGAAUAAUAAUAAAUCAUGACAAUCACCACGUAGUGAGUAUCGCUUUGGGCUCAGGUUCUGUCCGAAGCCUUCUAAUAUACAUCAGCUCAUUAUAUCUUCACAGCGACCCUAGGAGGUAUGUUUUCUAUCAUCCCCAUCUUACAGAUGAGGAAACUGAGGCCCAGAGAGGGGGGAAUCACUUGCUCAAGGACACUCAGCUAGGGAGUAGUGGCCUGCUGGGAUUUCCACUAAGUGGACUCCAAGGCCAGUCCUUACUGCACUGUGCUAAGCCGUCUGCCUUACAUCAUCGCCACCUAUAUUCUAACAAACAGGAAACUCAGAGCAUCUGAGUGACUCGGGCCAUGUCACACAGCUAGGUAGGAGCAGAAGGACCCGAUCUUAGGUCUUCCCACUCCCAGAGGAGGGGUCUUUCUGUGGGACCACUCUGAGGUUGGAGGUUAAUGAUGUUGCAGGUGGGUUCCCCCAGAAGCAGCCUCUGGGAUGGAGUAUAACAUGCAGAAUGUUUAUGGGGUAGUGAACUUGGAACAACGCCUUUGGGAAGGGAAGCAGGAUGGGGCAGAGGGAAAAGUGGCACCAUGACGCAGGCUCAGUGACAGGCUGAUCCCACAGAGAGCCCUGGAGCUCAAAUGGCCCUUCAGAGUGGCCCCACAGUAGACUCAGAUGGUCGGGCCUUUACCGUCAACAUGGAUCCCGUGAGCAGCUCAGGAAGAGGCAUGGCCUCAAGCAGCAUUUGUCAAAACUGAGCUAGUUUAUGUUUGAUUAUUUAUUGUCUGUCUCCCUCACAAAAAAAAAAAAAAAAAAAAAAAAA